AUGCUUUCGAUGGCCAAGACCUCAUGGCCGGGCCCCUUUCAAAUCAACAUUACCACCACUCCAAAACCACAUGUGACAUUUGGGCAGUUGCGUGAGGGCUGGCCCGAUUCCGAGCGUUAUUUGGAUAUAAAAUCCUAUGAAAGGAUCCCGAAAUGCAAUUGCUACGCCACGAAGGUGACGGUAGAACGUAACGCCGAUUCACAGUACUACGUCAGUACGAAUAACGAAGAGCCGGUCGCCUACGAGGGUUUCUCUGUGGAUAAUGAAUUAUUUUAUGUGGCGAUCCGGGACGACGCUAUCGCGGCCGUGGCCCAAUGGGCGCAGAUUAAUGGGGCCCUGCACCCGAUAGACCGAAUGCAAACGCGUGGCCUGCACGCCCCGGAGUGUGAUAUGAACGACCUCGUGGAGUACAUUCACGGGACGCAGAACAAUCAGAAGGAGAAAUUCCAGCUGGGUCCGACGCCGCCAAAUUGGCGACUCUACGGGAUUGACAAGACGCAAGAGCUGCUCGGCAACAUUACGCUCCAUAUUUGUCUUCGUCAGAUUCAACCACACAACCAGGAACCAUUCUGGGUAAUCCACGACAGUCCACCAUUCACCGUGCGAGCCGAUCGUGAUUUCCUGUUUGGAGUACAAAUCCGACGCAGGGAGCGCGACCUCCGUUUUAUCUCCAGAAACAAAGGGGUGGACACAGUUCACUUCACCUCCCGACUGCGCCCAGAAAGCUCGGAAAAAGGCUAUUCCGCCUGUUUUCAUGUGGCUGUUAGAGAAAAAUAUGGGCAUUACUCUGUCGAAUUCGAUCACGAGGGAGCAACGAAAACGAUUGAAAACAUCAAGGGCCCGAUCGAUCGCCAGUUUAUCUCUCUUCAAGGAAAAUUCGAAGCCGGUAAAACAAAGGCCAAUAUCACAAUGGAUAUACUUAACAACCAGGGUCACAUCGACCAUACGCAAGAUUUUGAGGCCAAGGAUCUGUCC